AUAUCAACAACAUCAAUUACUUCUAAUCCAACCAACUUCAUCUUUAUUCUCACUACUCCAUUCGCUCACUCCACCAACACAAAACUAAAACAACCACCAAAAAUCACCAUGCGUUUCUCUAUCAUCCUCGCCUGUGCCGCUACCGCCAUGGCCACUCCUCUUCUCGAAGAACGCCAGACACCUCUCUGCACGGGAGCUGGCAGUGCUCAGUGCUGUGCAACUGACGUCCUUAACCUUGCGGACUUGAACUGUGCUACUCCGCCAACAACUCCAACCUCCAUCAACAGCUUCAUCGACAUUUGCUCUGCCAUCGGCCAGCAAGCUAAGUGUUGCGUUCUGCCCAUCCUCGGCCAGGCGCUCUUCUGCGCCGAUGUCAACCCCCAGCCUACCGCUGCCGCUAAGGCAUAGGCGUCUCAUGUUACACUACAGCACAUCAUCGACACUGCGCCGAGAAGUGGCGAAGUGUCUUGUAUAGUACAUGGCAGACUUUAGCUUGAGGGGUUGCAUAUAUUCGCACUCUUCGCUGGGGGCUAGAUCUCUCUCUCCGAAAAACAUACUCGUGUCAUUCCUUCUGUUUCGUUGAUGUGAAUGGAGUGUUGUGGUGCUUGGGAAUGGAGUAUAGUCUUUAUAUUUAUUUCCAAUUCUCACGAGAUUUGAACCAUGCCGUCUCUGUGCCAUGAAAUCUUAACUGAUUUUCGUAUAUUUGGC